AUUUUAUUUAUUAAAUGGCGGCCAAGCUAAGUUGUCCUUCUAUAACGCACAUUUAAUAUUUUUAUCCCUAUCAAGGCGCUUCGAAUUUGUUUUUAAACGCAUCUUACAUUUAAAUUUAUACGUAACAAUAGUGAGCAUAUUUUCUAAAAAAUUGUUCCAAAUUAUUCUAAGUGCAGUCAAUCAUGUUGGGAUCCGGAGAUAGUAGCCACAUCAUAAAACUACGCGGCUUGCCUUUCUCUACAACUGUUGAAAAUGUUCUAGAUUUUCUUAAUGGCGUUAACGUUGUUAAUGGCAAAGAAGGUAUACACAUGACAGAAGUGCGCCCAGGAAGACCCUCGGGAGAAUGCUUUGUUGAAGUGGAAACUCAGGAAGAUGUAGAUGCUGCUCUCAAAAAGGACAAAGAAAAUAUGGGGAAAAGAUAUAUUGAAGUUUUCUCCACUGACCGGCAAGACAUGGAGUGGGCUCUAAAUGCUAUGCGGCAAAAUGAGAACGGAUUUGGUGGCAUACCCAAUGUCACCGAUGACAUGGGAGUAGUCAAACUCCGUGGACUGCCAUUUGGCUGCUCCAAGGAUGAGAUCAUUCAAUUCUUUGACGGCCUGACUGUCGCCGUAGAUGGGGUACACUUGCUAUCCGACCACACGGGGCGGGCUUCGGGCGAGGCGUUCGUGCACUUCGUUGACAAGGAGAGCGCUCAGGAGGCUCUCCUCAGGGACAGGGAGAAAAUAGGACACAGAUACAUAGAAGUGUUCCGGAGUUCAGCGGACGAGGUUCGCGCGUACAGCGCCCGAAUGGAGGGCGGUUUCCGUAACAACCGCGGCUACAGACCCACGCCGUACGACAGGAAUGAUAGGUUCUCGGGACGGUACGGUGGCAGAGGAAACUUUGGCAGAGGUGGCGGUUUCGGCGGACGCGGUGGGUUCCGUAACCGCGGCGGUGGCGGCGGCGGCGGCGGCGGCUGUCACAGUGUACAUAUGCGCGGGCUGCCAUUCAAAGCGACGCCACAGGAUAUAGCUUACUUCUUCAAACCAAUCUGGCCAACGAACAUCAAUAUAUUGUACGACAACAGCGGGCGGCCAUCCGGCGAGGCCGAUGUCGAGUUCGAGUGCCACGAGGACGCCAUGAGGGCAAUGCGCCGCGACAAGAACAACAUGGAUCACCGUUACAUCGAGCUGUUCCUCAACUCGUCGCCCAGCGGCGGCUCCUUCAAGGCCAACCGGAACUUCAGAGAUUACUGAUCUACGAAAUAUGGACCUUAUUUAUAAGAGCAUACGAUAAAUUGUAAAAUACGUACAUGUGACACUUGCAACGCUGCCCGCUCUCACUUUGGACGUAAAAAUAGCUCAAACGAUAUUGACAGGUAGAUACUAGUGUUGCUUAAUAAUUGAUUGUCGAUUAAUUAAUCGAUACUGGAUUAUAUAAUAUAUAAUCCAGAAUUGAUCUAUAGAUUUUAUUUUUAUACCACUGAGGUGGCAAAUAAGUAUACAGCCCACCUGAUGGUAAGCAGUUACCGUAGCCUAUAAACGUCUGCAGUACUAGGGGUGUUACACGCGCGUCGUUCACCCUAAAGAAACCUCUUUACUUCCCUUUUGAAGAACCCCAUGCUGUAGUCUCUCGGCAGGGAGUUUAUUCCUGAUAAGCUGAGUGUUCGUGGGAGAAAACAUCUCUGAAUCCGCGUUGUACGCGACCAUUUAGGCUGUAGGGUAUGAGGGUGAUAUAUUAAAUAGUUUAAAAUUCAAGCAAUACCGUCAAUAGUACCAAUUGUAUGGAUUUCCAUAAUCCAUUAUAUACAUACAUAGACGAGACGCUCGUUUUCUAUUGCAGUAGGCAAAAUUAAUGGAACGCCAAAUAAUCUAAAAUCGACUGUAACAUUUUUUUUUAAUGGGUGAUAAUGGAAUGGUAACCCCGCCUACGCUAUCGGUAUACAAUGACUGAAUUCGUCAGGAUGAGCUAAUUGACCUGCCCUCAUCCUUAUCUGUCAUUUCUCACUGGUGUUUCGCCAGUUUAAACCGAUAGCGUUGGCGAGGUUACCAUACCGUUAUCACCCAUUAAAAAAAAUACCCAACGAUUACUAGGCAACACUAGUAGGAAAAAAGACGUAGAACAGAACUAUUCAAGUUAACCUCAAGUUAUUUUGAAUCCUUCUAAUCUAAGUCUCCAUUAUUUCUUUUAUUGUAAUAAGUUUAUUUUUAAUUUACUCAGUAUCGGUCGCUCCAAAUCAUUCGUAUGAAUCGACAUUGUUUUUAAAAUAGACUUUCUCGCAAUAUCUCGAUUAUAUCGAUAAAUUAACUUGUUAUUGAUAUUGUCUAAGAUCAUUUUAAUUUAUCGUAGCGCACCACGAUAUAGUACGAUUUUACCGUCACGAUAUAAUAGGGGAGCAAGGUUUGUGCGAUUGUAUGAAGUUGCUUCUAAUUUCCCUCGACAAUCCAUACAAUUGUAUAUACUUUGCUCACUUUUCUUCUAACUGAUAAAUCGGCAGAUUUAAAAAUAUCAAUACCGAUUGAGAUAGGAGACUUUGUCGAUAAAAUCGAAAUAAUACUAUCGAUUAAAUGUCAACAAAAAUAUCUUGGGUGGCGCACACUUAUUUUCCAAUUUAUUGUUAUAAAAUAGAUACUAGAGAGAUUUGAUUUUGUCGGAAGCAAUCCGAUUACUGCUUCACGCAGCUUUUUAUCUUUUAAUAUUUUUAUUCGUCUAACAUAACCUCGCUCUCAACUUUUAUAAAUAACUUGUAAACUAUUUUACAUGGGGUUUACAAUCUAGUACUCAACUGAUGUACUAACUUAAUUUUUUUAAGUCGUGAGAUUGUCACUGAAAUGUUAAGGUUUUUAUUUUAAUUUUGAAUUGAUUAAUAUCAAUUUGUAUAUUUGGGUUGAGUUCUUAAAAAAACUUCCAUUUUUUACUACACAACGAUGCCAAACAAAUAUACGGCCCGUCUGAUGGUAAACGGGUAUCAGGAUUAAUUGAUAAGUAAACCCUAAGAAAUGCAAUAUUAUGGGUAUCUAAGAGCCAACCUGAUCAUGGAGUCUGGGGUAGGCAGAUUUAUAUUUUUUGAUUUGUAGUUAACAAUCUCCUGGCUUCAUCAUCAGGGCCUGGUAAUGGUAACUGGAUGUCUAUGAUCUAAUAAAGCUUUGCUUUAAGUUUUUUUUUUUAUAUUUUAAUUUUAAAAUGACUGAUUGGCCAAUCAGUGACGUCAAAUAAUACCUGUAACCUAAUAUAUUUAUGAAAUACAACAUCAUUUGUAUUAGACUGGUAAUGCUUGUUUUAUUUGUAUUUAUCGCUAUUAAUCAUUGUCAUUUAAUCAAUCAAUCAUUCGAUAAUUUAUUUGAAUAAACAGGUACAGUUAAAAACUGUUUGAGUCUUAUAUAAGUGGAACGCUAUGUUUUGCCACCAUUGGACGUACAAAUAUUAAUAAAUUAAUGUAUGCUAGCAAAUAAGCAUUGAGAUAUUAUUUCGAAUUGAAAUUUUUCAUUUCUAUUAUAAGAUAAUACAGAUUAAAGUUUUAAAUAGAUGCCAAAACUGCACACCGCUUAUACUCUAUAUGUCAAUUUUUGACCUUAAACGCAAUAAAGCCUAAUUUCAUCGUCAUAUCAACCGUUAACUAUCCACUGUUGAACAUAGCACUCCCCCAUAAGUGUUUUGCCAGUAAGUUGCCACGCUUGGCAUAUGUAAGUUGCCACGCUUGUAAUAUAAUAGCAGUGGUAUAAUAAAAACAAAAAUUACUACUGGUACCAAAUGCACAUUUUGGUAGUCAACAAAGCUAAAUAAGAAUGAUAAAAAGGGUUAUAUAUCAAAUAAAAUAUCAAUAAAAAUAUAAUUUAAGUUUCAUCAAUAACUUCUUAAUUGAUGAUAUUACAUUCAAACUUCCCACUCCCGUUUUACCCCUCUGGGGGUUGAAUUUUCAAAAUUCCCAUCUUAUUAUUCAUCUGCCCUAUAUAGUGAACCUCUGCAAAAUUUCAAGAUUCUAAAUUCAUCGGUUACUACUCUGCAUUGAUAUAUGAGUCGGUCAAUCAAAAAAAUUAGUAUGUGGUGUCUCUAAUAACUUUUUAAUUAACCAGUCAUAUCAUUAUAACUUAUUUCCAAAAGAAAACAUUUAAUUUACAAAUUCUAAUUUCUGAUUUUAUUGUUUUUAAUAAAUAGUUCUUCAUUGGUUUCUCUUAAGCUAAAAACUUACAUGUUUGAGAAUUGUAUUAAAUGCAAGCAAUUGAACGAGACCCAUAUUUUUUAUCAAUAAACGGGCUUUUGCUUUACCAGUAUUACAGAGCUUGUUUUGAUCACUUAGCAAUUGGAGAUGACGAUAUUGAGCACGCCACGAUAUCGUACGAUUUUAUCGUCACGAUAUAAUAUGGAGAUGCUUUUAAUUUGCCACAAUGAUAUCGUGGAGGUGCGGGACAAAACACCUAAACUAGUGGUAUCGUAGCAACAAUGAUAUUCAAUUGAUCUAACCUAAUUUAGUAUAGUUUAUUAGUAUAGUAUAUUUCUUAGUAAAAGUAUUAGAUAUCUAUAUUCUAGUAAGACUAACAUAAACGACUUAAGUCAAUUUAUCUGAUUGUUUUAUGUACUUACAUUGUUGUGUGCAGUGUUAUAAUGUUUAUAUCAUAUAUUCUUAUAUAAUUUUUUAAUAUUUUGAAACUGAAUGUAGGUACUGUAAAAUGCUAGUUUUUUUUUUUUUUUUUUACUAUACGUACUGUACUAUCAUCGUGUAUAAGAAAUAAUAUGUACAAGAAGUGGUGAUGAUUGGUGAUGUGUCGAGUCGGACUGUUUCGAGUAAGUAACUAACUCGAAUUCCUAAUAGGUACUCAGGUGUUCGAGUACUCAAUAUAUCUAUAUAACGUAAUAUUACUGUGUAUGUAAGUUAGAAAUCGAGUACACUGUAAUCGAAUAGAGGUUUCGAGUACUUGUGUUACUCGAAUUCUACUCGAAUGUUUAUCCUUUUCAAUUUCUGCAUUUUACUUAUAUUUUCCUUAAAGGAAAUAUUAUACAACUGUAUUUUCAUAAAAGUAGACAUCAAAAAUAAAAAUAUUCGAGUACAAGUACUUGAGUUCUUGUCCGAGUUUUCGGACUCGAAUCAUAUUCACUAUAUGCUUGUAACGAGUACGAAAAAACUCGAAUAGCAAAAAGUGCCGACUCGGUAUAUCACUAGUGAUAAUGUAGUAGAAAUCAUUGCUGUCAAAAUAACAUAUAUCAAAUGGAGCUUAAUACAGAACAGAACAUAAAAUAGAAAAAAUAUCACGCAAACAUUUAAGGAAUCAAGACGAGAGUAAUGGCCGUCGAAUGCAAGAAUAUUUAUUAUUAAAAACCCGUUCAGAAUCGAAGAUGGUGUCGCGUAAUAUGCACACGGAAAUACGAGCGAAUGAGACACUUAACCGAUUUUAAAAAAAGAAUAAGGUUCUGUAUUCGAUGGAUUUUUUUUGUUUGUUACCUCAUAACUCCGUCAGUUGUAAACCUAUUUGUAAUUUGUUUUUAUCUGAAAGGAUGUACUACCAGAUUGGUCCCUUGGGAAUGUUAUCAAAACCAAUUUAGUAGUUUUUAAAUCAAAAUAACUCGAUUUUUUUUAUUGAAACAAUUUUUCCACAUUUCGUUAUUUGUGGAAAACAAUUUUAAAUUAUUGUAUUUCUUUAUAAAAUUAGGGUAUGAUGAGGCUGACAUAUCCUUAUAGGAUAAAAACCUCUAAAUAAAAAAAGAUAAAAAAAAUUUUAAUUGUUUUAAAAAUAUCUUACAGUCAUCAAUACUAUCGGAAUUGAAUUGAAUUUUUCAAUAGAAAAUUUUUAAUAUUAUAAAUAAAUUAAUCUUAAAAUUUUAUACCCAUAUAAAUUAUUCGGCAAUAAGUAAAAAUGUUCUUGCGUUCGGCCAUGUUCUUUUUUUAUAAUCACGUUCUAAAAUUAGUACUUAGGGAAUUGAUAAGUGAAUGCUAUACCGCAGUAACAGUACUUCCUUGUUUGGUGCCCAUUUACCAACUGAAACACGCGUACGAUGUUUCUAUACUGAAAUAGACAUAUUUGUAAUACGUACUUAUUUUACUCAAAACUACCUCUAUAUGUUUGAAUUGUCAAAGAAUUAUAUAAAAUAUUUUAUAUAGGACGUUCCUAGAAUUAAAUAUGCCAUUAUAUAUCGUAUAUAGUUACGUAGUAUUCGAAGUAUCAACAAUUAUUGUAGUGUAUCCCAUGUUAGGAGGAAUUAUAUCGCUUUAGUAAAAUUAUAUGUAUCUUUUAUACACAUUUCAUAUUUGACGAGAACUGUACAAAUGAGUUACAGAGAUGAAAUAAAAUUUUACUUGUAUA